GCGUUCGGGCCAGCUUAUGUGCACCUCAACUAACCGUUAAGGAUUGAAAAGCGGAGCCUCGAGAGAGAGUAAUUUUGCGAUCGAAACUGCGGCGAAAAUGUUGAUGCAGAGAUUGGUAUGUUUAGCUCUGGUUAUACUUGGAAGGGUGGUUGCAGCUGAUUGCUUCACUGCGGAGGGGGGCGGCGACCGCGGCGGAGGUCGGCGGCCGCAUCGAAUUCUGUUGGAUACGGACGUGGAUACCGACGAUUUGUUCGCUCUCUUGUAUCUAUUGAAGCUUAACCGUUCAGAAUUCGAUUUGCAGGCUGUAACUAUUAACACAAACGCAUGGACAGAUGCUGGGCAUGCUGUGAAUCAAAUUUACGACAUUCUUUACAUGAUGGGCCGCAACGACAUCCCCGUCGGGGUGGGAGGUGAGGGUGGAAUACUUGAAGAUGGCACCGUACUUCCAGAUGUUGGUGGAUAUCUCCCUAUAAUUGAACAGGGGAUUGGUACAGCUGGAUACUGUAGAUAUAGACAAGCCAUUCCUGUUGGCCAAGGAGGAAGAUUAGACAUUGAUUCCAACUUUGGAUUUAGAAAGAGCUUCCUUCCCCAGGGGAACAGGAAAUACUCUCCGCUUCGCCAACCGACUGCUCAACAAGUGAUGAUAGACAAAGUAUCCGGCGGUCCCAUUACUGUUUUCCUGAUUGGAGCGCAUACGAAUUUCGCGAUCUUUCUCAUGGAAAACCCACAUCUCAAGAAAAACAUUGAGCGCAUUUACGUAAUGGGGGGUGGUGUGAGGUCAACAAAUCCGACCGGUUGCUGCCCGAGAAAUGGCACUUCCUCUUGCCAGCCUCAACAGUGUGGCGACCGUGGUAAUUUGUUCACGGGCUACACUAGCAACCCUUUUGCCGAGUUCAAUGUGUUUGGAGAUCCUUUUGCUGCAUACCAGGUAAUCCAUUCUGGAAUUCCAGUUACACUUGUUCCGCUGGAUGCAACAAACACCAUUCCCAUUAGUGAAAACUUCUUCAACGCGUUUGAGCAGAAUCAACAUACCUAUGAGGCACAAUACUGCUUCAAGUCCUUAAAAAUGGCUCGUGAUACUUGGUUCGAUGACCAGUUUUACACGAGUUAUUUCUUGUGGGAUUCGUUUACAUCGGGUGUAGCUACUUCAAUCAUGCAUAAAUCGCGUGACCCUAAUGGGGAAAAUGAUUUUGCUGAAAUGGAGUUUAUGAAUAUUACUGUUAUUACUUCAAACAAACCAUAUGGCGUAUCCGAUGCAUCAAAUCCAUUUUUCGAUGGCCUGAAGAUUCCGAAGUUCAAUUUGAAGAAAGGUGGAGUUCACAGUGGCCAUGUUCAAACUCGACUCAGAGACCCAUUUUGCCUUGUAAAGGAUGGGAAAGGGAGAUGCCAGGAUGGCUAUACUAUGGAAGUAUCUGGUCCAGAAGCAGUGUCAGUGCUUGUUGCAACAAAAGCAAAACCAAAUCGCGACAGUAACAGCUCCCUAAAUAGGGAAUUUUUCAUAAGUUUCUUGGAUGUUCUGAACCUCCCUCAACAUUCCGGAAGAUUCAAUUUCACAACACAAUUUCCUUACUAUAAAGAAGUUCUUUACAAACCAGAUUUUCAAGGGAAGAAACUCGGGAAAAAUGUCGUGUUUGACAUGGACAUGAGUGCAGGCGAUUUUCUGGCUCUUUUUUAUCUCCUUAAAUUACCUGUGGAAGUCAUCAACCUCAAGGCAAUAUUAGUGACUCCAACUGGGUGGGCAAAUGCAGCAACAAUAGAUAUCAUCUAUGAUUUGCUGCAUAUGAUGGGUCGCGACGACAUUCCUGUUGGUCUAGGAGAUGUAUUUGCAACAAACCAGUCUGAUCCUGGAGACUGCAAGUAUGUGAAGGCUAUUCCACAUGGUAGUGGUGGACUCCUGGACUCCGAUACUCUCUAUGGAUUAGCUCGUGAUUUACCACGAAGCCCGAGGAGGUAUACUGCAGAGAACUCUGCAAAAUUCAGAGCUCCUCGCGACACUGAUCACCCUGAACUGAGGCAACCGCUAGCACUUGAAGUUUGGGAGUCCUUGUUGAAAUCCCUCGAUUCAGGAUCUAAGAUUACGAUACUAACCAAUGGUCCCUUGACUAAUUUAGCAAACAUAAUUCUUUCAGACAAAAACACAAGUUCUCUGAUUCAGGAUGUGUAUAUAGUCGGAGGAAACAUCAACUAUAAUAACGCAGAGAAAGGAAACGUUUUUACUAUUCCUUCAAACGAAUAUGCAGAAUUCAAUAUGUUUCUUGACCCUUUGGCUGCAAAGACGGUAUUCCAUUCUGGGCUCAAUGUUACCCUAAUCCCACUUGGAAUUCAGCGUAAAGUUAGUGCAUUUCCUAAGAUUUUAGAAAGGCUGCAUGUGACGAAGAGGACGCCCGAAGCAAUUUUUGCAAGGCGGUUGAUAUCAAGGCUGCACCGGUUGCAACUAGAGCAUCAUAGAUAUCAGCAUAUGGUAUGGCACGCAACUGUCGUUGACACAUUUCUGGGGGAAAUUCUCGGUGCCGUAACCUUGGGUGCCGAUCAUUCUACAACCAACUCUGCGUUUCAAGUCAAAUCCAUAAGAGUAGUCUCAACCGGUGUCGAAUCUGUAGAUGGACAAAUGAAAAUCGACGAAAAGGACGGAAAAUCAGUAAAGAUACUGGAAAAGGUGGAUGAUACGGCAUACUACGGUGCUUUCGCGAAUCGACUUGGCGACCAGCAACAGUCUGCUGUGGUUGGAAGUUUCCAACAGCAAAGAAGAACUUGGAGUAGGCCACCAAAAUAAAAUCCUCAUCAGCAAAAAGAAACACACACUCUCUUUUUCUUCCUCCUCCUGAUUGUUACACAGCAGUUUUCAUUAGUAUUCAUACAUGGGUUUGGCUAGAAAAUGCUACUAACCCGCGAUAUAGUCACAAUUUGGGAGCUCCCACAAUUUCUUGUAAUUACCUCAUUAAAGCAAUACAAAGAGAUUGAAAGCAACA